AUGGAAUAUCUCCGCCUCUACUUUUUCACCUACAAUUGUGCCCUUAGCUUCAUCAAUGUAGAACACUUUUCCAGUCACUUCUUCGACGCCUACCCCCUCACCGACAAUCUCAGCUCCCCCCCUGAGCUCAUCGUGCUCAGUCUGCAAGAGAUUGCUCCUAUGCCAUACGCUUUCCUCGGCGGCUCGUUCUUAGCUCCGUACUUCGCCUCUUAUACCCAAGCCGUUAACCGCGCCACUGUUGAGCGCUUCAACACCCACUAUGUCAACGUUCUGGCCGAUCACAGCGGCAUGACCGGACUCUUGAUCUUUGCACGGCCCGACAUUGUUGACCAGUUGUCAUCUCCUGGUAUUGCACGGGUGGGCUUUGGGUUCCAGGAAAUAGGCAACAAAGCUGCUGUGGCUUCGCGGUUAUCCUACCAGAGUCCCAGCACACCGGAAGCAGGUCUCGAUCUCAUUCUUGUUGCUGCGCACCUUGCACCAAUGGAGGGUGCGGUCGCACGAAGAAAUGAAGAUUGGCGUAGCAUGGUCGAAAGGCUGGUAUUCAGCGACUCGGAGAGCAGUAUCAGGCGUAACGGCGGAAAUGAGGAUGAAUCGGAGACGGAGGCAUUGCUAUCCAGCUCCUCGAACGCGGCCGCCAAAUAUCCAGGCAUCUUCGCGCCUUCGAACUACCUCUUCAUUGGAGGCGACCUGAACUACCGCACUGCAGACAGGAUUCCCGCCAAGGACGAAUAUAUGAAAUAUCCCCAGGCAAACGUCGAACCAGACGACCCACUGCAUUUCUCACAUCUCCUGAAAAACGACCAGCUGAAGCGCGAAAUGCAAGAGUCUCGCUGUUUUCACCGACUAUCCGAAGCCCCUAUUACAUUUCCACCAACAUACAAGUAUAACCAUGACGCACAGGUCGCUGCUCUCGAUCCUGCGCACGCCGACAAGCCUGCAGAGUGGAAAUGGUCUAGCCACCGCUGGCCUAGCUGGUGUGACCGCGUGCUAUUCCUAGAAACCCCCCCAGGACUCGGUGACGAGGCAAAGAUCCAAGUUCUAAAGUACGAUGCUUUACCCGUAUCUCCAACGUCAGACCAUCGCCCUGUCGCACUCACAGUCUCGAUCCCGGUCCUUGAAAGGCGAGAAGUAAGCGGAUCUCAAACGAUAUCCCCGUUCCCUAUUGAUCCAAACUGGGUGCGGCGGAGACAGGUGGCGCAGAGAAAAGAAUACUUGGCUGGAUGGGUCACAUACUUGGGAUUAACCUGGGAGGGUAAUGGGCUGCUGUUGGCUUCCGCUGUUGGAAUCGUUGGGGCUUGGUUCGUAUUUCGAUCUAUUCUGAGCUCUUGA